UUUUUAAGGCUGGAAACUUUAUAGUAACAUAUAAUAUCAUCCCAAUUCUGCAUCCAACAUUCAUUCUUCCAAUACUAAUCCUAAACAAAACCGAGCUUUGAGAUGAAUUACUUCGGAAAAGGAGCCGUUCUUGUCUUGCUGCUCAUCCUCGCUGCUCAGGCGUUGGAGGGCCGUCUCCAGUCUUGCAACCCGAGUGGCAAAAUCAGAGGAAAGAAGCCACCUCCGGGGCAAUGCAACCAGGAAAACGACUCCGACUGCUGCCAGCAAGGGAAGCUCUACACCACUUACAAAUGCUCUCCACCCGUCUCUGGCAGCACGAAGGCAGUUCUCACCAUCAACAGCUUCCAGAAGGGUGGAGACGGAGGCGGCCCAUCAGAGUGUGACAGUCAGUACCACUCUGAUGACACUCCAGUCGUCGCCCUCUCCACUGGUUGGUACAGCGGAGGGAGCAGAUGCCUCAACAACGUAACUAUAACUGGUAAUGGCCGGAGUGUGACAGCAAUGGUGGUGGAUGAGUGUGAUUCCACCAUGGGAUGUGAUGAUGAUCACGACUAUCAGCCACCAUGUCCUAACAACAUUGUCGACGCCUCUAAGGCCGUCUGGAAAGCCUUGGGGGUUCCCGAAGGCGACUGGGGCGAGCUGGAUAUUACCUGGUCUGAUACCUGCAAAGCAAGCGGCAAGAUCAAGGGCAAGAAGCCUCCUAAAGGGAAAUGCAAUCGGGACCACGACUCCGAAUGCUGUGAAAGUGGCAAGUUCUACAAGACCUUCAGAUGCUCACCCGCGGUCACUGGCCGGACUAAAGCAGUCCUGACUCUCAAUGGCUUCGGCAAAGGAGAUGAUGGUGGAGGGGCGGCAGCGUGUGACGGUAACUUCCACUCUGACGACACUCCGAUCGUGGCACUCUCGACGGGGUGGUUCAACAACAAGAAGAGGUGCUUGAAGAAAGUUGUCAUCCAUGGCAAUGGGAAGAAAGUGGUUGCCAAGGUGGUGGAUGAGUGCGAUUCGUCUGUGGGGUGUGAUGAGGAGCACAACUAUCAGCCGCCGUGCAAUAACAACAUCGUUGACGCUUCUAAAGCUGUCUGGCAAGCUCUAGAAGUGCCUGAAAAGGAUUGGGGUGAAAUGGAAAUCCACUGGACUGAUGCUUGACCAAAAACAGCACUGAGAUAGAAUUCAGUGACUUGUUGAAGACAAUUACUUUGUGUUUUAAGGA